AUGGCGGCGAAGAAGCAGGAGAAGAGCGGACCAAAGAAGAGGAAGCAAAUCCCGGGAACUAAGUCCGAGACCUAUAGCUCCACUUCCAAGAAGCCCAAGUUCCUCGACUCAAAGCCUUCCAAUCAUCGAAGCAAUGACUUCAAGAAACCCUCCAAACCUUUCAAACAACGAGAACCAGGGCUUGAUAAUGAGAAGCAGGUCCCGCUGUCAAAGCGAGAGGGUCGCCUCCGUGCCAAGGAGCUUGCAGAGUCUAGGAAGAAGAAGCGGAAGCGUCAUUACAAUUUAGAACAAGAGCUUGCACAUCUGUGGGAGAAGAUGCGUCGUCGGAAUAUUUCUAAAGAAGAGCGAUCCAAGUUGGUGAGUGAAGCGGUAGAAAAAAUGAAGGGGAAAAUUCCUGAAAUUGCAUGCUCCCAUGUUUCUUCUCGUGUUCUGCAGACUUGUGUCAAGUACUGUUCACAAGCGGAAAAGGAUGCAAUAUUUGAGGAGCUUCAGCCACAUCUUCUUACUCUUGCAUGCAACACUUAUGCUGUUCAUCUGGUGACAAAAAUGUUAGACAAUGCCUCCAAAAAACAGUUAGCAGGGUUUAUCUCGUCUCUUCGUGGGCAUGUUGCUUCCCUUCUACGUCACAUGGUUGGAUCUGUAGUCGUCGAGCAUGCAUACCAAUUGGGAAAUGCAACACAAAAGCAAGAACUUUUGGUGGAACUAUAUUCUACAGAGCUACAGUUGUUUAAGGACUUGGUCUCGAAGAAAGAGGGCAGGUUACUAGAUAUAAUUUCAAAGUUAGAUCUGCAGAAAUCUUCAGUCUUGCGGCACAUGACUUCAGUGAUUCAACCAAUUUUAGAGAAAGGAAUAAUUGAUCACUCUAUAAUACACAGGGUGUUGAUAGAGUACUUUACAAUAGCUGAGAAGUUCUCUGCCACAGAUGUAAUUAAACAGUUGUCAGGUCCACUUCUUGUUCGGAUGAUCCACACAAGGGAUGGAUCUAGGGUUGGGAUGCUCUGUGUCAAGCAUGGCAGUGCAAAGGAAAGAAAGAAGGUAAUCAAAGGAAUGAAAGCCCAUGUACGUGAUAUAGCUCUUGAUCAACGUGGAAGUAUGGUGCUUGUUUGCCUUCUUUCAGUUGUUGAUGAUACAAAGCUUAUUACUAAGGUUGUCAUUCACGAGCUUCAAGAAAAUCUGAAGGAUCUUGUUCUUGAUAAGAAUGGAAGGCGCCCAUUACUGCAGCUACUACAUCCAAAUGGGUCACGCUAUUUCACUCUUGAUGACCUCGCUUCUCUCAGUUUGUCUAUCCCUUCUCUAUCCAACAAGGUUGAGUCAGACACCCAAUCUGAAACAAAAUCUUCAGAAGUUAACAGAUCUGGUGAAGAGGCCAGUAGUGAUUUGGAAGUGAUAGUAGAUGAAGCCAAUACGAAUGAUGAUGACCUCCACUUAGUUGAGGGUGGAAAGAAGGACCCUUCUAUAAGAAGGCAAGAGUUGUUAGUCAAGAGUGGGCUGGCUGAGAGGCUUGUUGAUAUAUGCACUGAAAAUGCAGGGGAAUUGCUUAGAUCAAAUUUUGGAAAAGACGUCAUAUAUGAGGUUGCAACUGGGGGUGAUGGUGGCAUUCUCCAUCCAAUUCUGGAUGAAAAGUUGAAUGCAUUAUAUGAAGCUAUAGCAUCUCUAGUAGCAGAGCCUAAAUCCGAAGAAUCAAAGGAGGAAUCAAAAGAGGAACACAUCUUGGAAAAUUUCCAUUCCAGUCGGACCAUUAGAAAACUAAUCUUGGACUGCCCCACCUUUGCUUCCACCAUAUGGAACAAAGCACUGAAAGGAAAAUGUGAAUUGUGGGCCCAAGGUCACAGCGGCAAGGUAAUUGCUGCGUUCUUAGAAUCUUCAGACCCUAAGGUACACAAACUAGCAAAGAAAGAGUUGCAACCGCUGAUAGAUGGUGGUAUUCUCAAAAUCCCCGAGACAAAAGUAGCCAGUGGAGCAAAAGAAUGA